AUGGGCACCACGGAAGCCACGAUGCGCAUGGACAACGUGGAGGUCAAGGAAGAGUGGCAGGAUGAGGACUUUCCCAGGCCCCUCCCAGAAGAAGCAGGCAUGGAGUCCUUGGGAAGCCCUUCGGGGAACGUCUUGGCUCCGCCGGGCUCCUUGCAUUUUAGUAACGGGGCCCUUCACAAGAGGAAGACUCUGGUGGCCCCGGAAAUCAACAUUUCUUUGGACCAGAGCGAAGGCUCCCUUCUUUCCGACGAUUUCCUGGACACGCCGGAUGACCUGGAUAUAAACGUCGAUGACAUUGAAACACCGGAUGAGACGGAUUCCCUGGAAUUCCUGGGAAACGGCAACGAGCUGGAAUGGGAAGACGAUACUCCCGUGGCCACAGCCAAAAACAUGCCCGGAGACAGUGCAGACCUAUUUGGAGAUGGAGGCGGGGAAGAUGGCGGUGCCCCCAAUGGCCGCCUCUGGAGGACGGUCAUCAUCGGGGAACAGGAGCACCGCAUCGAUCUGCAGAUGAUCAAGCCGUACAUGAAGGUGGUAACGCAUGGAGGUUACUACGGGGAAGGCCUCAACGCCAUCAUUGUCUUCGCGGCUUGUUACUUGCCGGACAGCAACCUGCCUGAUUACCAUUACAUCAUGGAGAACCUCUUUCUGUACGUGAUCAGCAGUUUGGAGCUGCUGGUGGCUGAAGAUUACAUGAUUGUAUAUCUGAACGGCGCCACUCCACGGAGGAGAAUGCCGGGCAUCGGCUGGCUGAAAAAGUGCUACCAGAUGAUCGACAGACGGUUACGGAAAAACCUGAAAGCGCUAAUAAUUGUUCACCCUUCCUGGUUCAUUCGGACGGUGCUGGCAAUAUCCCGGCCGUUCAUCAGUGUGAAAUUCAUCAGCAAAAUCCAGUAUGUUCACACCUUGGAGGAACUAGCUCAUACGAUUCCCAUGGAGCACGUCCAGAUUCCAGAUUGCAUCCUGCAGUUCGAAGAGGAGCGAAACCAGGCCAGGAAAGAGCGGGCAGAAGGAGUGAAACAGGACGUGGCCGAGAGAGACAGGACUGCCCUUCCUUCAGAAGAUCAGGAAACAAGCAUGUCAUGAAUAAGGAUGGAGAGACGGACGGACGCGGCUGAAGACAACCCUCCCCCUGAUAAGAAAACACCCAACCGCCACACGUUCCU